GGGUACGGAGGAAGAGACACAUAACAUGACUACAGUACAGGGUACGGAGGAAGAGACACAUAACAUGACUACAGUACAGGGUACGGAGGAAGAGACACAUAACAUGACUACAGUACAGGGUACGGAGGAAGAGAUACAAGGCAUGACUAGAGUAGAGGGUAAGGAGGAAGAGACACAUAACAUGACUACAGUACAGGGUACGGAGGAAGAGAUACAAGGCAUGACUACAGUAGAGGGUACGGAAGAAGAGAAACAUAACAUGGCUACAUUGGAGGGUAUGGAGGAAGAGAUACAAGGCUUGACUACAUUAGAGGGUACGGAGGUAGAGACACAAGAAAUGGCUACAGUAGAGGGUGUGGAGGCUGAGGAAAUCUCCGACUCCCAGCUGUGUGCUAUUAGUACAAUGGACUGGACAGAGGAGCCCCUGGGACCAUUUGGGGAUACUGGACGAGGCCAUGAUUCUAAGACACCAGCAGUACCACCCUCCUUACCAGACGGUACAGCUAUUGUCAAAAGCCUGAUCAGAGAAGUGUCAAACCUCAAUAUGAUGUUAUUGCGUGCCAAGCGAGAGAUGCAGGCAGCCAAUCAGAGGAAGCUGCAGACCCCCACCAAUGACAACCGAGUCAACAUGUUGGCCAAAAAAUGACUAGCCAUUUGUAGCAUACUUCUGUGUUUGUUUGACUUCUAAUGAAUGAUCACCUGGAAUCUGAUAGACCCUACCUGUUACAAAAUGUAGUUACAUGAUUGUGAUGUCACUCCAGGGACAAAAGAAUAUGAACACAACUGACUUCAUCUAGGACAAAAUGUAUCACUAAGUAAAAUAUUAGGACUGGUAACGAGGCCAUUAAAAAUUAUGUUUUAAACAAUUAAAAAAGAAAAGAAACAAACAGGUAUUAUCUUACAUUUAAAACGGAUUCCAUGAGAAAUCGAAGUACUGAAAUGUAGUUUUUUAUUCUUCUUUCUUCCAUCAAAAGCAAUGAACCUUGUAAUUACAUAAUGUUAUCUUAAAUUAAUGUCAGGACUUCUGUAAGUAAAUAUUUAUAUACCUAUCCAAAAAGUAUGACAAUGAGUUACAGCAUUGUCCGUCCAUAUAAAAUGUUAGAUCUCCUGUCUCCAUUUUGACAGAUGACAGCUUCUUUAAGGUACAUUAUUUAUAGUAUUUUUCAUCGGGCGGACCACAGACUGGCCGCAUAUUAAA